GUCAAUACAUUUUAUGGUAGAUUCGCUUUAUUACUCUAGUGAAAUUUUGACUGAUUUUGAAAAGAUUGUGUUCACUCUGUUAUGAAGAGCUGAAUGGUCAAUAUAAAUGAUUAUCAGAUCAAAAAACCUUCGGUUAUUUAAACUGUCUUUGUGCAUUUUUUUCGGUAGAUCAGUGCUUCCGUAACAUCUUGAGUUAAAGUGAAAUAUUAUUUACUGCAUUAUAAUCUUGUUUAAGUGAGUCAUUUAAGGAUACUUAAAGAGCAGCGGAUCAAGAAAUAUGACCUUGUAUGGUCGAGUUUUGAAUGCCGACAUAGACUUCAGUAAUAGUCACGCUACUUCAGUGUCUGCAUUUCUACUGUUUUACAUGAUUGACUAUGCCCUUCAAACAUGUCAAUCGAGCAAUAAAACUACGAGAAACACUUACUUGUUCAUAAGACUAAGAAAUUACUCCAUCUCCAUAAUCCACGCUUUUAUAUCCGGACUAAGUUCGCUUAUUUGCCUUAUUUCUUAUCCUGACCUAGUCGGUAAUGUCAUAGAUUCAGAGAACGUUUUCGCUUAUCAUAUUAUGGGUUUCGCGACAGGUUACUUUGUUCACGACAUUUAUCAUAAUAUAUGUGGCGGUGUUGGACUAAGAUCGUUGGAGAUAAUAUUGCAUCACAUUACAGUUUUAACCUGCUUUUACGUUGUAUCUUGGUAUAGGAUUCUUGUUUGUUACGCAUUGUUUGGGCUUUUGAUGGAGCUAAACAGCAUAUUUCUUCACGCAAGAAAGUUAAUGAUAUUACUUAACAUCGACCCUGAAUCAGUAACAUACCGCCUUAAUGCUAUUGCAAAUAUCAGCAGGGGUUUGCUCAACAGAGAAUAUUUCAACGGAGAAGUUAGAAAAAGGUUAUUUAUUGUGAUGAACUUUACAAAAUUAUCUGUACAACGAUAGUUCAAGCUAUAAGAGAGGCAAGCAGUUCAGCAAAAUGGGUGUGGCAUUGAAGAUGAACAUUUAGUUAUUAACCAACCAAAAAUUAAUUACAUCUAAUGUAAAUAAAUCAAAUAAAGGAAGACCAGUUGAAAACAUCAGAAAAUAAUCUGUCACGAAACUAAAAUUUUGCUCAAGACGCAGUUAAAGUUUUCAAGGCAUAUUCGAU